GUUCAUAUCUGAACAUUAUACUAUAAAAGCACCUGCAUUCUUAUUUGUUCUUGCAUCAACAAAACUUGCUACACAUUGAAAAUUACAUCAAAACAAGCACGAAAUUACACUUAUUUGAUUACUUGAAAAACAAUAUAGCUGCUAUUUAUUUUGGGUUAGAUCAAAUUUCAAAGUAAAUAUAGCAAUGGUUGUGGCAAGCAGCUUGACCAUGGGAGUGAUGAGCACCAAUGUCGUGAAAGAAGAUCUUUUUUCUCCUUACCAAUUGGGUAAAUUCAAGCUCACUCACAGGAUAGUAUUGGCCCCCAUGACCAGAUGUCGAGCUAUAAAUGAGAUGCCAAAUGAAGCACUUGAGAAGUACUACACUCAACGCUCCACUCCUGGUGGUUUUCUUAUUACAGAAGGCACUCUUAUCUCUCAAGCAGCCGCUGGGUUUGCGCAUUGCCCGGGAAUUUACACAGACGAACAAGUGGAAGCAUGGAAGAAAAUAGUGGACUCAGUUCAUGCCAAGGGCGCUAUUAUCUUCUGUCAAUUGUGGCACGUCGGUCGGGUUUCCAAUCAAGUGUACCAACAUGGCGGUGCACCAAUAUCGUCAACAAACAAAGUCUUGUCAGAUAAAUGGAAUAUAUUAAUGCCAGAUGGUUCACACGAAAAGUGCACCCCUCCAAGAGCAUUGAGCGUGCCUGGAAUUUUAGAGGUCGUCCAACAAUAUCGCCAAGCAGCUCUCAAUGCCAUUCAUGCUGGUUUUGAUGGUGUGGAGAUACAUGGAGCUCACGGUUACCUAAUCGACCAAUUUCUCAAGGAAGCAAUCAACGACCGAACAGAUGAAUAUGGUGGAUCAUUACAAAACAGAAUCAAGUUCCUCAUGCAAGUAGUACAAGCAGUUGUAGAAGCCUUAGGAGAUGAAAAAGUAGCAGUAAGAAUCUCACCAGCAAUAGAUCACUUUGAUGCAAUUGAUUCCAACCCACUAGCAUUGGGCCUAGCAGUCGUUGAUGGGCUCAACAAACUACAAUCCAACUUGGGCUCAAAGUUGGCUUACUUGCAUGUAACUCAGCCCAGGUUCACGGCCCGAGGUGUGGUAGAUAAGCCUGCUAAAGAAGCCCAAGCAGAUGCUCAAUUGUUGAGGAAAUUAAAGGAUGCAUUUGAAGGGAGUUUUGUGAGUAGUGGUGGGUAUACUAAGGAACUUGGGAUGGAUGCUAUUGCUCAAGGAGAGGCUGAUUUGGUUGCUUUUGGAAGGCUGUUUAUCUCUAAUCCUGAUUUAGUACAUAGGCUUAAGGUUAAUGCACCCUUAAAUAAGUAUGAUAGGACUACAUUUUAUACUCAUGAUCCUGUUUUGGGUUAUACUGAUUAUCCUUUUUUAGGGGAAGAAAUCCUUCAUUAAGUGCCGAGGGACUUGGUAUAGUAGCUUCAUUGUGAUGCAUGCAAUAAAAGAGUCACUGUUAUCAUUUUGUACGUGUGAUAUUAAUUUUUGACCUUCAUAUAAUUUUUCAAAUUUGUU